UCGAAUGACAGUUUACUAAUAUGGAAGCACUGAAAAAAUGAUUUUUCCAUAAUGGCCGCUUGAAGACGUUUAGUAAAAUAAACAAAUUGGUUGAAAAUUUUCAUUUUUCAUGAAAUAUUAUUAAAAGUUCUUAAGAAUGUGUUGAAUUUGGGUUGUUAUCAACAUGUGAAUAAGUAAUUAUAAGCAACAUAUCUCUUAUUAAGGCAUGUUAUGAAGUGAAAAGACUACAGUGUAACUUGAAAAAGUGGUCAAGCAAGAAGUUGGGUGGUACGAAAAGGCAAUGCACUUUCGAAACUAUUAGUGACUACACGAGAAAUUUUAAUUUUCAUAAAUUUAGGGUCAAUUCUCCAAAUGAUUCAAUAUAAAAAUAGUGCUUUAGGCGGUACCACCGUAAAUACGAGUGCAAACAACACUGCAGGCCAGUCCUCAACAUCCACCCCCACACAAGGUCUACAACAGCAAACGUCGGCGGCGCCCAAUGCCCAAGUAAAAGCCACAUUUGUAAAUGCUACACCUACAGCUCAAGGAAUAACUGCAAAUGGGAAUAACAAUGUGCCCUUACAGCAAAUCAUUAACUUGCAGCAACUGCCUCAACAGUUUGUGCAGACUUCUGGCUCGGCACAACAGCAGGCCCACGCUAUUCCGGGCCAAAACAUGUUUCAAAUUGUGCAGCCCAUGCAAACGGUGACCAUUGAUGGACAAGAAGCUAUAUUUAUCCCAAAUUUAAAUGCGGCACAAUUGGCAACAGCUGCCCAGCCAAUAAAUUUUAAUGGACAGCAAGCAUUUAUAACACCUAAUGGGCAAAUAGUACGAGCACCGACCGCUGGUCCUCCGCCAACUGCAAUGCAGCUACAGCCUGGACCCCAAUUCAUACAUGGCUUGGGACAAGCUAUGCAACUGCCACCAGGUGUGGGAUCGGGGGAGCAAACAUUAUUUACUAUUCCUGGCACUAAUAUACAAGUACCUGUUGUAAAUGCUGCUGUACAGCAACAACAUAUAUUACAACAACAACAGCAACAGCAAAGCCAAACUCAGUCGACAACUAAUACCAGUAACACAAACACUUCGAACAGCGGCAACACAUGUUCCACUCAACCACCCACAAGUGCUACGCAAGUUCCGACAAGUUCUACUCAAACUACAACAUUGCCCAGUACCAUUACUAUACCCGGUACCAACAUACAGAUUCCAACUUCUGUAGCAGCUUCAAAUGGUUUGUUAGGAAAUUUAAGUAACUUGCUUGGUAACAACACAAUCAAGUUGGAAAAUGGACAGACUUUGCAAAAUGUGCAAAUAAGACCUGCAGGAGCAACGGCCAAUUCUAAUCAAGCGGGUAUACCUCAAUUCAUACAAUUUCCGCAUGCGCUGCAACAACCAGCAGCACAAACACUACAGCAAACAGUAGCCGUACAAGUUCCAAUUCAAACUGGUGGAGGCCAAACAAUAUACCAGACAGUGCAUGUCCCCUUACAUCAGUUAAAUGCAGCAGGACUGCCUAAUAUGAUGCCCGCACAAGCUCUGCCAAUGUCUGCUGCGUUACCUCCUACCCAAAUGCAAAUAAUACCACAAUUCGCCCAAAUCGCCCAAAUAGUGACGCCGAAUGGACAAAUACAGCAAGUGCAGUUGGCGCCUUUGAAUGCAAUGUCAUAUUCUCAACUGCCACCAAAUGCGAAUAUUAUACACAUUCAACAACCCCAAGCUCAAACCACUUCAACUAAUCAGCAACAACAAGCUGCCGCUGCCGCAGCUGCUGCUCAGGCUGCUGCCAGUGCUCAACAUCAACAACAACAUCAACAGCAGGUUGCUCAGCAACAGCAACAACAGCAACAGCUCUUAAAUGCAUUAAGUGCAGCAUCGGAAUCUGGUAUACAAUUACCAACAAAUCAGUCAAUUACAAUUACUAAUGCCCAAGGACAGCAGGUAACAGUGAUACCCGCCCAGCAACUACAACAACUUCGUACUGCCUCAGCGCCAACUGCUCCCGGCACAACCCCAAAUCUUAUUCAGCUGCAGCAGUUGCCAGGAAUACAAGCGCUACCCAUUCAAAAUAUUCCUGGUAUAGGGCAAGUUCAAAUAAUUCAGGCGAAUCACCUGCCACCCCAAUUACAAGGGAGUUUUCAACACGUCAUUCUGCCACAACAACUGCAACAACAGCAGCAGAUGCAAUUACAACCUAAUACAGGCACCGUGCCUAAUGCAACGCAAUCAUCUCUUCCACAAACCGGCACAACAUCGUCUACGGCAAGUACAAACUUGGUGCAACCAAAAACAGAACCCCAAAGUCCCUCUCAGGUGCAACACACGCUUAUCACAAACAUAAAGCAAGAACCACCGGAUCCGAGUCAAACUCCUCAACAAAUAAAAUGGGUUGUGCCACAUAACAUGACUGUAAAUAUGCAACCACUGCAAUCCCAACAACAGCAAACUGAUCAGUCUCAACAACAUUCAUCUAACGAGAGCGCAACAACUACAUCAUCACUGCCCACAUCUAUACAAAUCACAGCCGUCCCUCAAACGCCAAGCUUCACUAUCACACCUACCAAUCAAACGCGUACCACCAUGUUGAAGACACUUCCCACAACCAUGACAGCAGUAAGUGGCAUGGCAUCACAAAAUAAUACAAUAAUGACGCCCAACACAACGGUAACAUCUAGUGGUGGCGGCACCCAAAUCACAAUAGCGACUGCACCAGCGGCAUUAGCUCAUCAAUUACAACAGCAGCAGCAACAGCAGUCACAAUUGCAAGCUCUCCAAACGCAAUUAAAUACGGCAAACGCAGCAACAACGACAACAGUGCCUGCAUCAGCAACAACCUCUGUCAAUGUUAACAUAAAUGUUAACGAUGUCAGUGCGGGCAAUAGUACCAGCACCACCAAUAGUGGCAUAGGUACGAUCAGUGGUAUUAAUUCCAGUGUGGGUGUAAACAUGGUCGGAGGACUGGAAAUAAAGCCACGUCUGAAACGUGUCGCUUGCACUUGUCCCAAUUGCACGGAGGGAGAAAAGCACGCCGAUCGAAAACGCCAACACAUAUGCCACAUACCAGGUUGCAGUAAGGUAUACGGAAAGACGUCACAUUUGCGUGCACAUUUGCGUUGGCACACGGGCGAGCGACCUUUUGUAUGUUCAUGGCUAUUCUGUGGCAAACGUUUUACACGCUCCGAUGAAUUGCAACGCCAUAGACGUACCCAUACCGGAGAAAAGCGGUUUCAAUGUCGUGAAUGCAAUAAGAAAUUCAUGCGAAGUGACCAUCUUUCCAAGCAUAUAAAAACACACUUUAAGGUGCGAUCGCCGCUUGAUCUUAUGGAACUUAAUAUGAAGCAAGAAGAUAAAUCGCAUUCGCAACGAAUGUCGGAAAAUGGGAGUGACAUUCAAAAUAGCGGCGCAACUUCAAAUGCACCAAAAAGUAUUACAACAGCCAAUGGAAUGUUGACAAUUGAAUUGUCAAAUUCUGCAGUAUCUAAUGUGACGAGCACUAUUAGUGGUAAUGCUGGAGUGAAUGGAUCAGGCGUUGCCAUGCAAAUUGCCCAAUCGGCAGAAGAUGACGAUGAAGAUGGCACUAGCGGAAGCUAUGUUGAUGAUGAUAUCGAUGAUGAUGAUGAUGAGCUUGACGAUGAUAUUGAUAGUACGGGUGACGAGGAGAAGAUGACAAUUACCGUUAGUGAAAUUGGUGAUAAUUCAAACUAACAUACGGAGGCACUGUUCAUGGAACAGUUCGAAUUUAAUCAAUUCUAAUUACGGUUUCGACUUGAAUGUAAAUAAGUUAAACUUGCACCGAAAAGCGUAGCGAUAUUUUUUAUUUGUGGGUGUAUUACUUUUUUUUUAAAUAUGAUGUUAAUUGUAAGAAUAUAUUUAAGCUUCUAUUUGCAGCGUAGGUGUAAAUAUUGACUAACAUAUAGCUGAAAUUUCAAGUUUAAUAUAUCUGAUAUAUCAUUUUUUUAUUCAGUUUAUUCUUUUUUAUUUUUAUAAUAUAUGUAAAAUUAGAAAUAAUGUAUAAUAUAUUAAAAAAGUUUAGAAUUUUAAAUUCAAAAUAUCCAGUAUAUUGUAAUGUAAUAUAAGCCAAGCAGAAUUUAGAAAAAAAAUAAAUUUAAAUACUAACGAGGAAAGUGUAAUCCCAAUCUUAAUUU